CAUUUAUUUCUCUGACAGGCUACAUUAACCUAAAUAUUUCUAUUAAUUUUUUACUGUGUAACUUUACAAACUGCACCAUUUUGUUGACAUUUAGCAGAAGGGACUAUAUAUCCCAUGAUGCUUCAGAAGUAGAGGCAGAAUGAGACUUUCUUUAGAGAAGAAGUCUAUUUUUCUGAGCUCCAACAUUGUUGUAAAUUAUAACUGUUAUGUAUAAUUCAUUCAUCCUAUUUUAUUUUUUCACUAGAGUUCAGCUGACUAAUACGUCUGGCUGCUUCUCGUCUUUGGAUUAGUUGAGUUUGGAGAAGACAUUUAAACUAUCAGCAUAACACAGCUUUAACACGAUGUUUCUAAACCAGCCCUGAGUAUGUAUGUGUGUGUGUGUGUGUGUGUGUGUGUGUGUGUGUGUGUGUGUGUGUAUAUACACCUAGUGAUUACUUACUUCUUCACUGCUCCUUACUCUGGUUUAUUUUGGCAAAGAGUUUAUUAUUAUCUAAUAAUAAGCCUAUUCUUUAUUUUAUAGCCUUCCGGAAAGUUAAAUUUUAAACAAAUUAAGCAAACUAAAUGUGUAUAAUGGGUAAAUUAUGUCUUUUGACCUAAAUUGAAGGUGAUGUUUGGUCCAUUUAAGAUUAUCAUGAAGGAGAUCUGUCCACUUUUGUCUUGGCUCAGUGUGUGUAAUCUGAGGUGUGAAACUGAGCUGAAGCUGUGGAUUAUUGAUGCGUCUCAACCUUAGCAGGGAGCAUGGCUGACGCGAGAAAGGAGAUUUCAGUCCGAUGAGAAGAACCUGCAUAUGUAUGUGUGAAUCAUGUAUGUAAUGACUCCACAGGGAAUGCGGAUGCUGUAAGCAGGAACUUAUGUUCUCGUGGUGCCGUCCGUCCAGUCCUGAAAACUGUGCUGAUCAAAAUUUGAUGAGCAGAUCUUAGUAACCUGAGAUGGACAGAAAACAUGGUGGAUCACUGUAUGCUGCGGUUCCACUACUCCUGAAUGGAAGUAGAGGGGUUGUGUGGUCCUGUACCACUGAUCAUGUAGAAUGACAGGAGCAGCAGGUUUAGUAAAACAGAUUGUGAUGAAACCUUUAAACCACCACAUAAUUCAUUUCAGUCAUUUUCCAUAACAACAAACUUGGACUUCCUCUGUACCGGAAAUAUGAUGUGUAUCACGUUUUGAAGCCAGAGAGAGAAAGAGAAUAAAAAUGAGAGGGAGAGAAAGGGGGGAGGUGGCGGUAGGAGGGGUGACUCUGCUUUCCCAUGUUGCUGCACAGUGCAAUGGGACAGCAGCAGAACCACAGGAUCAGCUACCAGAAUUUAGGAAUGAUCAUCCAACAGAUGCCUCUAUAAGACAGCAGGAGAUGGCUUCCACAGAGAGCGGCCUCCGUAUUCAGGGGGAUGAGAACCUGCAGUCCAUGCUGGUGGGGACAGUUAUGAGAAAAAUUAAGUCUCGUACUUGGAAAAAACAACGAUAUUUCAAGCUCCAGGAUGACUGCAUGACCAUCUGGUACAAAUCCAAGAAAGCUGGCAAAGCUCACUCCACCUUUUCUAUGAGGGAUGUGGAAGUAGUGCGAGAGGGCCAUCAAAGUGAAGUACUUCUCAGCAUCGCAGACGAGUUCCCUGCUAACCGAUGCUUCACGGUGGUGUUCCAUGGUCGCAGAGGGAACUUGGACCUGGUGGCCGAGUCAGCCGAGGAGGCCCAGUCCUGGAUCAAAGGCAUGAGGAAGCUGAUUGAAAACCUGGAAAACAUGGGAGAGAGGGAAAAACUAGACCAAUGGAUAGGUGACUGGUUCAAAAAGGCUGAUAAGAACAACGAUGGCAGGAUGAACUUCAAGGAAGUGCGAGAUCUCCUGAGGAUGAUGAAUGUGGAUAUGAAUGAACACCAUGCUCACCGUCUGUUCACAAUGGCAGAUAAAUCACAGACUGGUGCCCUCGAAGGGGAUGAGUUUGUCUUGUUCUACAAGAUGAUAACCCAGAGAGAAGAUAUUUUGAAAAUUUUCCAGGAGUACUCAUCUGAUGGUCAGAAGUUAUCCCAGAGUGACAUAGAGGACUUCCUGAGAGAGGAGCAGCUGGAGGAUGUUGAUAUCCAACACCAUGCUCAAGAGCUAAUUAAAUACUAUGAGCCCUCAGAUACAGCGAAACAACUGAAGGCUAUGACAUUUGAUGGCUUCUUGAUGUACCUUGGUUCUGCUGAAGGCUCUAUCUUCAGUCCAAAGUGCAGGGGCAUUUUUCAAGACAUGAGUCAGCCACUGUGCCAUUACUUCAUCUCCUCCUCCCACAACACAUAUCUGAUGGAGGACCAGCUCAGAGGACAAAGCAGUGUGGAAGGAUACAUCAGGGCUCUUAAUCGAGGCUGCAGGUGUGUGGAAGUAGACUGUUGGGAUGGUGCCAAUGGAGAGCCCAUUGUCUAUCAUGGACAUACAUUCACCUCUAAGAUCCUCUUCAAGGAUGUGGUCAAUGCAGUGGGAAAAUAUGCUUUCAAGAUAUCAGAAUAUCCAGUUAUCCUGUCAAUCGAGAACCACUGCAGUGUUGACCAGCAGAGAGUCAUGGCCCAACACCUCAAGCACAUUCUUGGUGACAAGUUGCUUAGAGGAAUGUUGGAUGGCAGGGCCCCAGUAGGGCUUCCAUCUCCUGAGGAACUUAAAGGGAAGAUUCUUCUGAAAGCAAAAAAAAUUGGUGGUCUAGAGGAAACACUCAAUGGGACUGUUGAAGACUCGCUGACAGGAGAGGUCAGUGAUGAAGAUGAAGUAGCAGAAAUAGACGAAGAUAUUCUACAUCGUGAGAGUAUCCGGCGCAGAGUGAAGAAGUCAAAGCAGCGUUUGUCUAAAGAGCUGUCAGACUGUGUGGUCUACUGCAAGAGUGUCCACUUCAGGAGCUUCAAACAUGCCCGUAUCCACUCCAAGUUCUAUGAAGUGGCCUCUUUUACAGAGUCCAAAGCUCGCAAGCUCCUACGAGAGGCUGGAGCAGAGUUUGUGCACCAUAAUGCCCGGCAACUGACCAGGGUAUAUCCCACUGGCUUCCGAACUGACUCUUCCAAUUUCAAUCCCCAGGAAAUGUGGAAUGCUGGGUGCCAAAUAGUUGCACUGAAUUUCCAGACAGCUGGAGAGGGGAUGGAUUUAAAUGAUGGUCUGUUCAGUCAGAAUGGCCGCUGUGGCUACGUCCUGAAGCCAACCUUCAUGAGAGACAAAAACGACAGGUUUGACCCUGACCUGCCUCAGAAACGAGAUGACUACCAACCCAUCGUCCUCACCAUUCAGGUGAUAAGUGGCCAGCAGUUGCCUAAAGUCAACAUCAAAGAGGAUUGUAUAGUGGAUCCUCUAGUCAGAGUGGAGAUCCAUGGAGUUCUGAUGGACCAGGCCAAACAGGAAACCAGACACAUUGAAAACAACGGAUUCAAUCCCCUGUGGAAUGAUACUCUGCGCUUCACCAUCCACACACCCGAGCUGGCUCUGGUCCGCUUUGUGGUGGAAGACUACGAUAAGACAUCCAAAAACGACUUUGUGGGGCAAUUUACACUCCCACUCAGCUGCAUGCAAAAAGGUUAUCGUCACAUUCACCUUUUGUCCAGAGAUGGAACCAGGAUUUCUCCCUCAUCCUUGUUUGUUCAUGUCAGGAUCACAGAUCUGGAAUGACCUGAACAGAAGUUCUGCAAAGAACAACCUUCCACAUUGUAUUUAAUAAUGGGAGUCCAUUUAUAUUUGUCUCAUAAAGCAUUAGAUUGAAUGUUAGUAUUGCAAUAUU